CUGUUUUCCCCUGUUUGAUGCUUCCAACAUUGCACUUGAAAAAAACUCAGACAAAACCACACUAAAUAUUCACUUAUAUCACUUAUGGGAGCUUGUGCAUCAUCUCAAUUCACAAACAAAAGUGGGAAACAACGUUGGCAAUCCUCAGUGAACAUAAUUGACAUGGAUGGUAAGUUAGAGAAAUACAAGGAGCCCAUAAAAGCAGAGCAUGCUCUGUUCAAGAAUUCGGACUGCUUCCUCUGCAGCUCGGAAAAGAUGUAUGUAGGCUCGGUGUUGCCGCACGUGGAUCCGAAUGAGGAUCUUCAGUUGGAUCAGAUUUACUUCCUUGUUCCACUCUCCAAAUCUCACAUACCACUCUCUCUUAAGGAAUUGUGUGUGUUUGCCAUCAAGGCUAAUGCAGCACUUGUUCUUCACUCAGAGUAUUCUGCCACUAAUUCAAUGUUGAAGUCUUCCUCCGUUUCACAUAGGAAUGAUUGUUUUACACAUUCAACUCUUCAAAGUGUGUCUCACAAAUUUGGAUCCUCCUAUGUUUAAAUUGGAAAA